AUAUUACCAUUACAUGACAAAGCUCGGCGCCUUUUGGCCACUUGGGUAAAAAUCAUCUGGCCAAAGCUUCCAAAGAAAGGCAGUAACAACGUCUCCUUGCAAAACGAUGGAAGCAGUUUCCACGGCUGGACCAUUGGGAGAAGCUUACCAGAAAUCUGGAGGAAAUCGGUCGUCUGCCUUGACCUAAGAGUAACGGCGAUAGAUAUUCGCUGGUGGAUCGUUAAUACCACGCAUGAGAAGAAGACACAAGGGGCGUCCUUUGACGAGUGCAAGCUACGAAGAAAAAUGUGUCACUCUCAUAAGACUUCCAGAUGCUACUACUUGAUGGCGAACCCGACUGAAGUUGCCAACAGAGGGUUAGACAUCAUAAUCCAAUGCACGAACAUUGACCCUAAACCCAAUGCCAGUGAGGAGGGUGACAAAUCAGCAGAUCGGCAGUGUCAUGUGGACAUCAACAAUAAAAACCAUCAGUGUCUCGUUGAAGAACAACACCAAGCAGGCUCCACCAUUGAGUGUACAGGCGACAAGGACCGUGACGCUCAACACUGCCAAAGUAACAUUGGGAAUCAGUCCUUGCAGAGUGAAACUCAAAGACCCCUGACCAGCAUGCAGAAGUCUAUCAUCGCCAAAGUCUUCAAAGACUUGAUUAACAGCAAUGAUAGGGUAGAGAUGGAAGAGGUCAGGUACGGCAUGAGGCACACUGAGCAACUAAGAGUGUUGCUGAUGAUACAGGGAAUGGAUGUGAAGGUGGCGGGUCGAAUAAGGCACUUGCAGACCCAAACAACCGUAGAAAGCUCCGCGCCGUGCACAUUGAUGACACCAAGACAAUUGAGGCCUCCUUCAGCGGUAUGA